GAGCAACACCAACGUCCUGUCCACCACGCCUGUGGUGGUCCUGUCCACCAACGUCCUGUCCACAUCCGCGUGUGCGUGGGCGUGUGUUUGCGGCUCAAGAGGGGGCGGGGGCGUGUGGGACGAGCUCAAGCCGGGCAGCAAAGGAGGAGGGGCGGACGGAGGGCGACCGUCGCAAGCAGGGGCCGCGCGACGGCGACCGUUGGGGCCGGAAGGCCAGCUCGGAUGCCGACAUGUACUCUGACGAGGGCGAGAGCGACUCGGUGUAUGAGAAUGGCGGUGGCGAGCCGCAGGGUCUGGACCUCGAUGACCCCGACCUCUAUCAAGACAGCGAUGAGGACAUGGAGCAAGACGAUGACGUGGCGAUCGAGGACGUGCCUGUCAAGAGGGGGCGGGGGCGGCCCAGGAAGGGCCAGAGGGGCGAGCGGGACGGUGAGUACAAGCCGGGCGACAAGGUCCAGGCAGCCAAGGGCAGCAAGAAGCGCCAGCGCAAGAGCGGCAAGGCUCUCGACGACGACAUCGACCCGUCACUGCAUCGGCUCAAGGACUUCAUCAACAGGAGUGCGCGUGCCCAGCAGCAACAGAGAGGGCGGAAGGGCAGAUGGACUUGCGGCGUCUCGCCUGACGGGGCGCCCGAUGAGGACGACGUCGUGCCCCCGCUGGCGCCUCCGAAGGACUACGACCAGUCUGUGACGGACGGCAAGUCGGGUGCGUCGGACCACAUCAGCGAGCCAUGGGAUCUGACUAGCCGAGCAACCAGCAGCUGUAACAGAACACAGAGCAGUGGACCAGCAUCAGCAUCUCGGUGUAUGAGAAUGGCGAUGGCUAGUCGGAGGGUCUGGACCUCGAUGACCCCGACCUCUAUCAAGACAGCGAUGAGGGCAUGGAGCAAGACGAUGACGUGGCGAUCGAGGAGGUGCCGGUCAAGGGGGGGCGGGGGCGGCACAGGAAGGGCCAGAGGGGUAGCUACAGACAGCCUGCACCAGAGAUCUGAGCCAUGGGACACCAGCCAUGGGCGUGUCCACCUCAUCCCAGCAUCAGCAUCAUGCUGCGCGUGCCGCCACUGCCGCGUCUUCUGCAGAGGACGUCCGCAAGAUCCGCGAGUACGACGAGCACCUGGUCGCCGUGGCGUUGAAUGGAGGCUUCGGGAGGGAUGCCACCGGCCUCACCGAGCUCAUUGUCAAGCUCUUCAGCACUCCACGAUUACCGGAUGGACUUCAUGAGCCCCUGAUUGCCGAGAUCGCGGAGGGCAAGGGCGAGGUGCAUUUUGCUGUCCUGUGUCGAGUGUGGCGUAGCACGCCGACAGGGGCACAGCAAGAUGGAGAUCACCCUCGCCCACGACGCGCAGUCGUUGAAAAAAGGUGAGAGCGGAGGGAGGGAGGGAGGGAUGGACUGUGUGUGUCUGUGUGUCUGUCAGGUGUCUCGUUGUCGGUAUGUGGUGGCCACUCUGCCGCUCGGCGUGCUGCAGGCCUCGCUCAAGUGCCACAUCAGACAACACCAAAUCGACCAAAGCGACACACUCCAGAGAAGGUAGACACCCACCUCACCAUGUGCUGCAAUCUGCAGCCGUCGUGUCACGUCUUGUCACUCCUCUCUGCAUCUGUGUGUGUGUGUGUGUGUGUGUUUGUGUGCCAGUAUGGUGAGGUUCGAUCCCCCUCAGUCGGCGGCGAAGAGCUGGAGAUACUCCGCUCAGCGGAGCUGGUCGUGCCGCGCAUUAUACGAGGCGAAGAGGAUGAGUCUGACGGGUCUGACACCGACAGCGACUUCAUCGACCUGCGCAUCGACUUGGGCGUCAUCGACCCUCGCAAGCACUUCUGGGCCUCGACCGUAACGGCAUCGCGGCCGGUGCAUGUGUCGUCGGUGCCGCCCAAGGCCCUGCCGGACGACGGGUCAUCGAUGGACCCGUCAGGGCAAACAGGCGGCAGCCCCAGCCCGAGUCGAUCCAGCUCCCCUCGGGUGCACGUCAGCCCUGUUCCCUCAUCGCCCGAAGCAUCGGUGACCCAUUUGGAGAAGGGCCGCGACGCGACCAGAGAAGCGCUUUCCCAGGUGCACGGGCAGAAGGCAGUCGCUCAGGGCCAUGUGGGUGAGGGAGGGGCAGCCGGCGUGGUCAUCGAGGCCGUCGCCGAGCAGCAUGUCGUCCAGGGCACGGCAGUUGUCGAUCAGCCGUCCUUGUCGAGUUCAUAUGGUCGCAAAGCCUUCAAGAGCAAGCGGUCGCUCAAGCUGCACCAACUGGAAGGCCAAGAGAGCGGCCCGGUCGUCCAGGGAGAUUCUGCACAUCUCUCCACUUCCCGUUCCACUGCCGGCCAGUCACCUGUCCCGGUGGCGGUGUCCAUGGAGGCAGAGGAGGGCGACCCGGGCAACGGCGCAAAGCUCGUGUGGGAGAAGGAAGGUAUGAGACCUACACACACGCACACACAUGGCAUGGCGGAGGUCAUCUCUCAUCUCAUGUCGUGCUCUCAUGGAUGGAUGUCACGUGUGUGUGUGUGCAGGUGGUCGUCGGUUCGUGUGA